AUGAAUAAGGAACUUCCAAACUACCCCCAGUGGGAACUAAUACGAGCUGGUAAAACGUUCGCUGCAAGCUGGGAGAGGACAUUGACAGGAGUCGAUACGAGGAGAAAGCCUCAAAAUUGGUCAUCUAAAGAUGUAAAAAGGUUGGACAAAUUGCAUAGAAUCCAUCCCGUAGAUGUCUUUAUGAUAAACUGUGAGGAGUAUCUGUUCCCUCCAAUCGAUCACCCGCCAGUAAGUCUCUUCAUCUCUCGGGACGGGAUGACUCGUAAACUAAAACGAGCCCGAGAUACUGACCCAGAGGAAGAAAGUCCGAGAAAAGCCAUUUUGAAGAGGCCUCGCACACUGGCCUAA